AUGAUAAAUUCAAGAAGAAAAGAACAAAUAUUUGAAUCCUUUCUUUAAGAUGCCUUUCAAACAAGCGGCCAAAAACCGCCUUCUUUUUGAAUACUACAACAACGUACUACUCCCCUACUAAGCUACUACUACAAAACUACAGUGUACAACUUCUCAAAAAGUCACUCACCUUUUAUCAUCUAUCCAAAAAAAAAAAUACUUAAAGAAAUGCUGUCGAGACCAGACGGCGUCGUUUGGUUGGACAACGACGUUACAGAUCAAAACGACACCGUUUCAUGGAGUAGUACUACUCGUCAAGUACCGUCAAUUGACGGUGGCGGUGGUGACUGGUUUCUCACCGGCAGUAACAUUAUCAACCCACCACCAUUAGAAGUUGGAAAUGACAAUUUAGUCCUUCCUUCAACUCUUCAAACGACGUCGUCGUCUUCGUUUUUCCCUUUCUCCACUUUUAAUAAUUUCUCACCUGACCCGGGUUUUCUUAACCCGGUUCAACCCGGUUCGGGUUUGGAGUUAUCCGGGUUUGGGUCUUCCGGUUUAGAGGGUUUGGACCCUAGUAGUCAAGAUUUGGUUUUUUUCAACAACCGUGGGCCUAGUUCAUUUGGGCCGGUUCCGGUUGAGCCCACCUUGUUUCAGAAAUGGGCCAUGAACCGAAAUGGGCCUGACAAAUUGGGUGGUAGUGGUGGUGGUGGUGGUGGUGGUGGGAUUUGUUGGGGAAGAGGAAAGAGAAAGAGGAGUAAUGAUGAGGAAGAUGAAGAUGAGGUUGAAGGAAGUUUUGGUGUUUCAAUGGUGAAUUAUGAUUCUGAUGAAUUAAAUGAUGAUGGUUGUGAUAAUUAUAAUAAUAAUAAUAAUAGUAAUAGUAAUAAUAAUAAUAGUAAUAGUAAUGUUGAUGAUGAGAAAUUUUUGAAUAGUUUAGGAACAGGUGGUGGUAGUGGUGGUGGCGGAGGAGGGAAAGGGAAGAAGAAGGGGUUGCCGGCGAAGAAUUUGAUGGCAGAGAGGCGGAGGCGGAAGAAGCUUAAUGAUCGGCUUUAUAUGCUUAGGUCUGUUGUGCCUAAGAUUAGCAAGAUGGACAGAGCUUCUAUACUUGGAGAUGCUAUUGAUUAUAUGAAGGAGCUCUUGCAAAGGAUCAGUGACCUUCACAAUGAAUUGGAGUCUAGUAACCAUAGCUCUAUGAUGCCACCAAGCUCUCAGCCUCCGACACCAAUCACCCACUCUUUCCCAUGUCGUGUGAAGGAGGAACUUUCGCCAAAUUCUCUGCCACCCAAGAAUCAGCCUGCUAGGAUUGAAGUUAGAAACAAAGAGGGAAGAGCAGUCAAUAUCCACAUGUUUUGUGCUCGUAGACCUGGUCUGUUGCUAUCUACUUUAAGAGCUUUGGACAAUCUUGGGCUGGAUAUUCAGCAAGCUGUGAUAAGCUGUUUUAAUGGGUUUGCUUUAGAUAUAUUCCAAGCAGAGCAAUGCAGGGAAGGAAAUGAAGUGUUGCCUGAACAGAUCAAAGCUGUGCUGUUGGAUUCGGCUGGCUUCCAUGGGGUGAUAUAGAAUUGUUCACGCUCACUGAUGAAAACCUCGUUGAAGAAUUAUUUCCAAGCGAUGAAAAGUCUCCAUAGUUUCACGAUUCACGAGCUUUUAGAAUCACUCGGACAACCUUGUCAUUGCUUGGCUUCAUUGGUGGUUUCUUUUUGGUUAAAACUCUUCACUUAUGAGUCUUGCUAUCAAUAUGCAUAUGCUAGCUUGUUAUCACAAGUCCCCCACAAUUACACGUCGCAAUGAUCUCUUAGAACAGUUAAAUCUGCAACUAGCUUGUUAUCACAACAGUUACACGUCGAAAUGAUCUCUUAGAACGGAUAUCUUUAUUGUAGAAAUCUGCAACCAACUUAUUAUCACAAUAGUUACAUGCCGAAAUGAUUUCUCUCAGAACGAAUGUCUUUGUUGUAGAAAUUUGCAAUUAGCUUGCUAUCACUACAGUUACAUAUCGAAAUGAAUGUUUUUAUUGUAGAAAUCAGCUUGUUAUCAUAAUAGUUACAUGUUGAAA